AGUAGUGUUGGAAAACACCGACUGACAACACGUCGUGACAGCACGCAAGCUGCAAAGAAAACAGAACAAAAUUUGCCUCGCAGCUGAAAUACACAGCAGAAAAUACCAGCAGCCUAAGGAUAAAUUCUUGUGCCAUUCGCAAUGCAGAAGAGAGAUAUUAAUUCGGACUCAGCGCCCUUCAAAAACAUUGGCACAUUCUGGGAGCCCAUUUGCGAUAAUAAUGGCUACUUGAUGGAGCCCAUUUUUAAUCUGCUUCCAAUCGAAGAAGGUGCUCCCAUGGAGGGCGUGCUUGCUAAGCGUCUUAUUUUUGUAAAGGUCGAACUGCCGCCAACAUCGAAUGGCAUGCGCCGUUUUCUGCACGGAUAUCUGGUGAGAGGCACCACCGAUGUGGUGAUGCAUCAGUGCAAGGCAAUGACUUGCACUCACCUAAUCCGUUCCCUGGGCACCGUACGGGUGCCACAGCAAUACGUUAAGAAACUGAUUUAUUAUCAUUAACGGAUUUUUCAUAGGUUUCAAAUGUUUUCCUAUUCUUCUGUUGCGAGUUUACAAUAAAGCGCAAUAAUGUCAA